AUGCCCCCCAGGGCUCUUUCCAACCUCUCCUUGCCCUCGGAGGCGAACGAGAGCGAGGUGGUUCCUGAGGUGUGGGAAAAAGAUUUCCUGCCUGGCUCGGAUGGGACCACUGCGGAGUUGGUGAUCCGCUGUGUGAUCCCAUCCCUCUACCUAAUCAUCAUUACGGUGGGCUUGCUGGGCAACAUCAUGCUGGUGAAGAUAUUCCUCACCAACAGCGCCAUGAGGAGCGUCCCCAACAUCUUCAUCUCUAACCUGGCGGCUGGGGACCUGCUGCUGCUGCUGACCUGCGUUCCAGUGGACGCCUCCCGCUACUUUUUUGAUGAGUGGGUGUUUGGCAAGCUGGGCUGCAAACUCAUCCCCGCCAUCCAGCUCACCUCUGUGGGGGUUUCUGUAUUCACGCUCACUGCCCUCAGCGCAGACAGGUACAGAGCUAUCGUGAACCCCAUGGACAUGCAGACUUCUGGUGUGGUGCUGUGGACCAGUGUGAAGGCUGUGGGCAUCUGGGUAGUCUCCAUAUUGUUGGCUGUGCCUGAAGCUGUGUUUUCGGAAAUAGCACGAAUUGGUAGCUUGGAAAACAACAGUUUCACAGCAUGCAUACCCUACCCGCAAACGGAUGAGUUGCAUCCAAAGAUUCACUCCAUACUCAUUUUUCUUGUCUAUUUCCUCAUACCUCUUGUUAUUAUCAGCAUUUAUUAUUACCACAUUGCAAAGACUUUAAUUAAAAGUGCACACAAUCUUCCGGGAGAAUACAAUGAACAUACCAAAAAGCAGAUGGAGACCCGGAAACGCCUGGCUAAGAUUGUGCUCGUCUUCGUGGCCUGCUUCGUCUUCUGCUGGUUUCCCAACCACGUCCUCUACUUGUACAGGUCUUUCAACUACAAGGAGAUCGACCCUUCCCUGGGUCACAUGAUUGUCACCUUAGUGGCCCGGGUUCUGAGUUUCAGCAAUUCCUGCGUCAAUCCCUUUGCUCUUUACCUGCUCAGCGAAAGCUUCCGGAAGCGCUUCAACAGCCAGCUCUGCUGCCGGGGGAAGUCCUAUGCCGAGAGGUCAACCAGCUACCUUCUCAGCUCUUCAGCUGUGAGAAUGACUUCUCUGAAGAGCAACACAAAGAACGUGGUGACAAGUUCUGUCCUGCUAAAUGGACAUAGCACAAAGCAGGAAAUAGCACUGUGAUUGGAGGCCACUCAACUCACUCUUGGAAACAUUCCUUACAAACUUUGCUAUUAUUAUUGAGCAAAAGAAGAACUAAAUAAUUUCCACAUUCAUACUGUUCCCUAGCUAAUUUGUCAAGGGACUUCAUGACUGAGUCAAGUACAAGACAAAUAUUUUCUCUGAAUAGAAUUUUACAUUACACCAUGGACAUCUAUAUUAAACACACGUAACUCACAUAUAUCUUCUGCUAACAUUGAUUUACAAAUUCCCUCAGGAUUUAAGGCAUUGCAACAAGCAAUUGUACCAUAUUUACUUCAAAUUCCUUUUAUCCUAAAUCAUAGAGAGCAUUUCCAUAAUGAGUCAGUAAUUCGGUAAU